AAGAGGGAGUAGAUACUAUCACAGAUUAUUACUUGAAUGGUGACAAUCUAGGAAUACCGACAUACACGGCGUAAUGCUCGACGGAUUGUUUUCGCGUCCUCAUACGAGCACGAUUUUCGAGACAAUCGUGCGAGGUUACAGUUACGCUCGACGAUGAUUCAACUAGCCGGUUUGUUUUACGGUUCGCGACGCGUCAUCCCGCUUGAAAUUCAGUAAUCGUUUUCCGAAUGUUUUCAUCGUUAGCAACUUAAAUUCUACACGGGGAUAAGCGAAAUAACAUCGGCGGUAUAUAAUAAUGGCAGCCCAUAAGACAGGCGGACAGAGUACACGUAAGAAGAUACAGGUAUCCAUGGUCAUAAGGGAUGAAGUAGAGAGAAGGCACAGAGCUGGCGUUAAUUCCUUACAAUAUGAUCCGAUUUUACAUAGACUUUAUUCUGCGGGCAGAGAUAGCAUUAUAAGAAUAUGGAAUUGUAAGAAUAUGAACGAACCUUAUAUACAAUCUAUGGAACAUCAUACAGAUUGGGUCAAUGAUAUUGUUUUAUGUUGUAGCGGAAAGACUCUUAUAUCUGCUAGCUCCGAUACCACUGUCAAGGUUUGGAACGCGCAUAAAGGAUUUUGCAUGUCAACAUUAAGGACUCAUAGGGACUAUGUAAAAGCAUUGGCGUAUGCUAAAGACAGAGAACUAGUAGCUAGUGCAGGCUUAGACAAAACAAUCUACCUCUGGGAUGUAAAUACGCUCACAGCUCUCACUGCGAGUAAUAAUACAGUGACGACAUCAACUUUGUCUGGCAGCAAGGAUUCGAUAUAUAGCCUUGCUAUGAACGUUACUGGAACAGCUAUAGUAAGCGGAAGUACAGAAAAAGUUCUUAGAGUAUGGGAUCCGAGGUGUUGUACAAAACUUAUGAAACUGCGUGGGCAUACAGACAAUAUUAAAGCUUUAGUGCUCAAUAGAGAUGGCACAAAAUGUUUAUCGGCAAGUUCAGAUGGCACAAUUAAAUUAUGGUCACUCGGAGAACAGAGAUGUUUGCAAACUUAUAGAGUACAUAAUGAGGGUGUUUGGGCAUUAUUGGCUACAGAUACUUUUAGUCAUGUAAUAUCAGGUGGUAGGGACAAAAGAGUCGUAAUGACUGAAUUAAGCCAUCCUGAGAAAUCUGUUGUUAUAUGCGAAGAAAAAGAGCCCAUACUCAAAAUGGCAAUGACCCCUGAUCAGUCUAGUAUUUGGGUUGCGACUAGUGAAUCUACCAUUAAUAAUUGGUCUAUAAGCCAAAGGGAUUGGCAAGAUAUUGGAGAUUAUUGUGAUUCUGCCGGGGGAAUGGCAGGAAAUGUUGGUGUACCAUUAAAUACCGAACCGAGCCAGAGGAUAUUAGGAGCUCCUGCAAUACGACACUGCCAUAUCCUAAAUGAUAGGAGAUACGUUCUAACAAAAGAUACAGAUGAAAAUGUAGCACUAUAUGACGUAUUAAAAGCCUGUAAAGUGGAAGAUUUAGGUCAUGUAGAUUUUGAACAGGAAAUAAAAAAGAGAAAUAAAAUGGUUUAUGUUCCAAAUUGGUUUAAUGUUGAUCUCAAGACUGGGAUGUUGAGCAUUCAUUUAGGACAAGAUGAAAAUGAUUGUUUUUCUGCAUGGGUUUCUGCUAAAGAAGCUGGUCUUACAGAUAAUAAGGGUCAAGAUCAAAAAGUAAAUUAUGGAAGUCUACUUUUACAAGCACUCCUUGAACACUGGUGGCGACCGAUGAACGCAGAUGAUGAUAAUGAGGGAAAUAGUAAUGAUGGAAAUGGGUCGACGCACGACAGUGGUAGAAAUUUGUAUUUUUCUGUACCUGGUCAUACACCUGUAAUUUUCAGUGAAGUUGGUGGUAGAACAAUGUGUAGGUUACUAGUUCGAGAUGCUGCAGGUGAAACAGAAAGUGUAUUAUUAAAUGAUACGGUACCAUUAUGGGUAUCAAAUAUCGUAGCAAAUAAAAAUCUUCCACAAUUCAUCAAAAUACCUUUUUAUUUAACUCCACAUGCAAGUUCUGGAGUGAAAAGUCUGAAAAAGGAUCGUUUAAUUGCAAAUGAUUUUAUACAAAUUCGGAAGGUCGCAGAGCAUAUUUUUGAUAAAGCACUUUGUGCAGGCAGUGAUUCUGGUUUAGUAACUGGCGUUGGUAAUUCCGUAUCUGGAGGUUCUCCAGCAGGAGAUAGAGCAAAUACAGAUUCUAACGCAGAUUCCUCUUCAUUAGCUGAGGAAAAAGUUGAAAUUUUAUGUAAUGAUCAAGUUUUAGACCCAUCUAUGGACUUAAGGACUGUAAGACAUUUUAUUUGGAAAAGUUCAGCAGAUUUAACACUUCAUUAUCGUCCUGUCAAAUAGUUAAUGCUGAAUACAUCAAAUUAUGGAUCCCUGAAGUGUGCCUGGUUUUGUACUGUGGUUAAAAUAAUGGAAAAUACAUGGGCUACUUGUAGAGUGCAAAAUCAUAUACCAAGUUCACUUUAUGAAAUAUUUAGCCUGUUUUCAAUGGAUGCUUCAUAAAGCAAUGAAAACAGAGGCACCUAUGGAGUACAUAAGAUUGAAUAAGUUUAUAGGCAAUAACACGUGGAAGUAUUAACAGAAAUUGUUGAUUUUAUAUAUAUAUACAUACAUACAUACAUAUAUAUAUAUAUAUGUGUAUAUAUGUAUAUGUAUAAAUGGUCUAUAUCCUGUGGCUGAACUUAUUCUUGUAAACAGGAGAUGUAAAAUUUAGUUGCAAAUCAUUUGCUUUCGGAAUAGUAUGCUUUUUGUACCUGGAUAUAUUUAGAGAGUAAAAUGCUUGUCAGAGUCAGCCAGUUAGUGUCUUCCCAUUUGAAGUAUAUCACUAUAAAAUAAUAGCAAAAGCACAGUGGAGAUCAAGUGCAUGGCCCAGGAAAUCACUGCUUUCUAUUGUUCCCUGAUAAUGAUUUUAAUACUAAAUAAUUUUAGUAUCACUUUUUAGCAAAAUUUAAUAUAAUCGUUAAUAAACAUAAGAGGAGAGUAAUAUUUUAUUUGAAAACCUUUAGUAAAAGUUUUAGGUAUUUAUUAAAGGUAUACAGAAAAAAAAAAAAAAAUUACAAGAGCAUGACAAUUGUACUCCACACCUGCCUUCAUAUCUUACAGAAUGAUUAACAUAGUAAGAAAAAAAGGAAAUGUCAAUUUACCUUUAAUCAAAUUAUAUUUGAACAGCCAAAUCAUACCAGUUCAAUAUUUCCUAUGUGUAAUAUGGGAAAUGAACGAACUUAUCUGUCUUCAAGAUUGCAAGAUCAAACUCUGUCUUAUAUGGGACUUCCAGUUUUAAUUAAACUUUUAAUAAUAAUAAUCUGGCUCUCCUAAAGUGUAUACAUAAUCUCAUCUGUAUGACAUACGUGUUUGUUAAUUAAGGGAUAUAAAUGUUACAACAGAAUUUGAUCUUGUGGGGACUAUUGUAACCGUUAAUAUAUAUAUAUAUAUAUAUAUAUAUAUAUAUAUAUAUAUAAACAUUAAGGUACUAUAAUAUAAACGAACUUCUCUUCACGAAAAAAAAGAUUUUGCACGCAUAACAAAAAAUGUGCUAUUAUAAUCAAAUUGGUUUCUUAAUACAUAAAUAGCCAAGUGUAUAUACAAUUUGGGAGCAGGGAAACUUCACUAUAGUAGGGUAUAAUUUUAUGCUGCUACUAAAUUAUCACUUGGAUAGUAACAAAUGCAAUUUAAUAGCGGAAUAAUUUUUUUCGUGUAGAGUCGACAAAGAAAAUUAGAGAAAUAACUAUCGCGAGAGAGGGGGUAUAUAUGUACAUUCCUAGUAAUAUUUAACCUGUUUUUAUCUUUAUAUGUCAGCAAUAUGUAUACAAGUACAUUUCUUGCAUAGACCUA